CAACAAAUCCAAUAAAUCUAAGUGUAGUGCUCGGCCUAUUGAUUUUUUUUGGAAAGGGAGUGUGUGCGAGUUGUUUAUUUCAAGAAUAGGCUGGAUCCAACCAACUGCACUUUUUUUGUUAUAACAGGGAAGGGUGCAUGAUCGCGCGAAUUACUUUUGAAUAAAUUAAGAAAUCAUAUUUCAGAACCAUAGCAUUUCGCGAUUCAUUGGUAAAUUCGCUUUGAUUCUCUAUGAACCAAUCAUAAUGAUGUGGAAUAAUUAACAUGGUUAAAGCUAAAUCGUUUGAAGUCCAUACUCAGCAAGGUAUUCUUUCUACUAUUAGGCUACUAUUAGGUUAAUAUGGAAACGGUUUCAAAAUGAAUAGUUAGAAAGUUUUUUCGAUAUAUAACACUCAUGUCGAUAAAAUGAUUUGAACCCUUUAUAUUAUAAAUAUUAUAAUUAUAAUAUAAUAUUUUUUUUUCUAUUUAUUGGAAAAAAAUUAUGAGUAUUUCAACCCCUCUUUUUUAUCCAAUGCUGAAUCGAUGACCUACGUAUAAAUUAAGAAAAAUUCUUUGGAUUUGAAAAAAAAAAAGAAACAACGUUGCUGACAAUUAUUUGUUUGUUCAGAAGAGUCCUCCGAAUAUUCUGGUCUUGGAUUAAUGAUCCGUUUUGAUAUUUUUUUUUUGAAUAUGAAAUAUGAAUAGAGAAGAGAGGAUAGGUUCAUUAUAUUCAAAAAAAAAAAAUGGGAAUUUCUCAUAAAUAAUUGAAGUAAUUGGGCGCGAGAGCCAAAUGAUUUGAAAGCUUCAUGUUUGGUUCGGGAAGGGAUCGUGGAAGUUUUGAAAUAAAUGGAAAGAUAAUCUACUUUCAUUAAGUGAUUUAUUAGAUAAUCGAAAACAGAGGAUCUUGAAGACUAUUCGAAAUUCAGAAGAACUACGCAGGGGAGCCAUUGAACAGCUGGAAAAAGCCCGGGCACGUUUAAGGAAAGUGGAAAUGGAAGCGGAUCAGUUUCGGGUGAAUGGAUACUCUGAUAUAGAACGAGAAAAGUCGAACUUGAUUAAUUCAACUUAUCAAACUUUGGAACAAUUCGAAAUUUACAAAAAUGAAACCAUUCGUUUUGAACAACAAAGAGCGAGUAAUCAAGUCCGACAACGGGUUUUCCAACAAGCCUUAAAAGGAGCUCUAGGAACUCUGACUAGUUCUUUGAACAACGAGUUACAUUUACGUACCAUCAAUGCUAAUAUUGGCAUGUUUGGGACGCUGACAGAAAUAAUCGAUUAGUCCUUCUACUGUCUACUGUAGGCAUUAUUUUUUUUUUUCCAAAAAAGAAUUAAGAAAUACUCAUGGUAACCAUUCGAGCGGAUGAAAUUAGUAAUAUUAUUCGGGAACGUAUUGAGCAAUAUAAUAGAGAAGUAAAGGUUGUAAAUACCGGUACCGUACUUCAAGUAGGCGACGGCAUUGCCCGUAUUUAUGGUCUUGAUGAAGUAAUGUCGGGUGAAUUAGUAGAAUUUGAAGAGGGUACAAUAGGCAUUGCUCUGAAUUUGGAAUCAAAUAAUGUCGGUGUUGUAUUAAUGGGUGGCGGUUUGAUGAUCCAAGAAGGGAGUUCUGUAAAAGCAACAGGAAGAAUUGCUCAGAUACCCGUAAGCGAGGCUUAUUUAGGUCGUGUUAUAAAUGCCCUAGCGAAACCUAUUGAUGGUCGAGGUGAAAUUUCAGCUUCUGAAUCUAGGUUAAUUGAAUCACCGGCUCCUGGUAUUAUUUCGAGACGUUCCGUAUAUGAGCCCCUUCAAACAGGACUUAUUGCUAUCGAUUCGAUGAUCCCUAUAGGACGUGGUCAGCGAGAAUUAAUUAUUGGGGAUAGGCAGACCGGUAAAACAGCAGUAGCCACAGAUACGAUUCUCAAUCAACAAGGGCAAAAUGUAAUAUGUGUCUAUGUCGCUAUUGGUCAAAAGGCAUCUUCCGUGGCUCAGGUAGUGACUACUUUACAAGAAAAGGGAGCAAUGGAAUACACGAUUGUGGUAGCCGAAACGGCGGAUUCUCCGGCUACAUUACAAUACCUCGCUCCUUAUACAGGAGCAGCUCUGGCUGAAUAUUUUAUGUACCGUAAACGACACACUUUAAUCAUUUAUGAUGAUCCUUCCAAACAAGCACAGGCUUAUCGCCAAAUGUCUCUUCUAUUACGAAGACCGCCGGGUCGCGAAGCUUAUCCAGGAGAUGUUUUUUAUUUGCAUUCACACGACUUUUUGGAAAGAGGCCAGCUUAGAAUCAGGUGUUGUCGCGGUUCUAGUGAAGGAACCAAUGGGCCGAAAAUUUUUACUUAUCCCCGCCGAUUUAUUGUCAUGCUGGAAUCAUACUGCACCAUUAACUGGUGCGGGUUUCUCCGUCUCCCCGAAGUAAUUCCAAUUAGAAACUCUAUGAGACAGUUCCAAGAAAUCAUAUCUUCUACCAAGAUAUUCAAUGAGGAAGCAGAAGCCCUUUUGAAAGACGCUAUUCAAGAACAAAUGGAACGCUUUCUACUUCAGGAACAG